UUGCUAUGGGCAGGCUGACACCCUGAAGGCCGAGAUCCCCGGUGUAUUUUGAAUUUGCGUUUCCUCCGCGAGGUUUGUCCCUUCCCCCCGCCCAUCCGCCGGGGCCUGAGCCGCUGUUUCCAUGGAGUUGGACGAAGAGCCGAAGUUUAAACCCGCUGGGCCGGCCCCGGCGGCGUCCGCCGACCCGCCGAAGGCCGGAGAGGCAGCGGCGGCGACGACAGCGGCGACUCCGGCUGCCUCCUCGGGAAAAGCGGAGGCCGCAGUGGAACAGGAGGAGCCGGCGGCGGCGGCGGCGGCGCCGGGGGGCGGGGGCCAGGCGGCGGGAGAGAGCGCGGAGAGAGGCGCGGAGCCGCGGGGCGGCGGCGGCGCCGAGGAAGAGGAGGACGAGGACGGCGACGGCAGCCAGCAGGCCAAGAAACUGCGGGUCGAGCCGCCCAGAGACAAAAAGGACAAGAAGCAGAAAGUGGACGAAGACGAAAUCCAGAAGAUGCAGAUCCUGGUUUCAUCGUUUUCAGAGGAGCAGUUAAAUCGCUAUGAGAUGUAUCGCCGUUCUGCUUUUCCCAAAGCUGCGAUUAAAAGGCUGAUUCAAUCAAUCACUGGCUGCUCAGUUUCUCAGAAUGUAGUGAUUGCCAUGUCUGGUAUUUCAAAAGUCUUUGUGGGUGAAGUGAUGGAAGAAGCCCUGGACGUCUGUGAUAAAUGGGGAGAAACACCACCUUUGCAGCCAAAGCACAUGCGAGAGGCAGUACGACGACUUAAAUUACGUGGACAAAUCCCAAACACAAAGUACAAGAAGGUUUCAUUUCAUUAACAGGAGACCAGCACAAGUGAUUGAUUGUGUUGACUUUGAACCAAAACUUAAUUGAUCAUCAGUGAAUUAUACAUUUCCAUGGCUUGCUUCCCAAAUAGUUUUCUUUUUCUCCAGGCUGUUUCACCAAGUACGGGGACUCCAAGCAGGUUUGAUUAUUUUGAAAAGGGCAUUGGUCCAGAUUGAGAAAGAUCACAUUCUAGCAGAGUACAGAUACUCUGGAGUAGAUUAAAGUUUUGAAAACCUGUUCCAUUUGGUAAACCUCCAUAUUUUUGUUUUACUGGCUUACCCAAAACACUUAUGGUAGAAAUUUUAUUAUGUGUGAUUUGCUCCAAUCUGGCAGAGGGUAUUUGUACAUUGAGUUACAAAAGCAGCUAGGUUGAGGUGUUGUUAUUAACAAACUAUUUAACUUUCUCUCAGGAAGUGGAUGGUUGAAAAUUUGUAAAUACAGCAAUCUACAUGCAACUGUAAAUAUAACUAGAUUAGAGAUUAUAGUAUGCAUUUUAAUAUACUUGAAGAUUGUGUACUUCAGUAGUGAAUAACUGUGAAGCAGCAAUGGUAAAGCAAAUAAUUAGAGCAUUUCAUUGUUCAGAAUGAUAUGAAAAUUUAGAGGUACUCCCUAAAUACAGAAAGAACCAUAAAGUUUUUAAUGUAAAAUUGUCUGAUUUAUUGACAAAGUGCUAGUGAGGAGUUAAAUAGGACCAGAUUGACCCACUGCUACACAUGCACUUCUGGCGCUGGAUGUAGAGGGGCCAUCUCACUCAUCCACCACAUACUAAAUCCAGUUGUUUGGUCCAGCCAGCAAGUUAGUUUAAGUAUUUUUAAAAAUUACAAAGCUAUUCUGCUUUAGUUGAAUUAACCUAUCCCCUUACCAUCGCCAUCAUCGACAAUCAAUUAGAAAUGUGAUUCCCGAGCAUGGUGCUGAGGAAUCCCCACAGGAUUGUUUGAGCUCCAUGUGGCGUCCUUUGGAGGGAACUGAUAGAUUUGGCCUUGAGUCUGUAGAUCCUGAAUUUGCACAUUUCACAGCACAAGUCCGAGACUUGCCGUCAUUGGAUCAGCAGAACAUUGGCUGUUCCAAUUGGAAUUACAUAAAAAUAGCCAUAGUCUGGCUUUUUUUCUCCCCCAGUGGACAGCCAGUGUUAUAAAUUGAGUGCUAAAUGGGGGAAGUCAUGAUUUGGACUGGAAGUGUCAUCAUUUUUUGUAAACAGUAUUUUGGAUGUAGAUUAAAUUUUGCUAUUGACACCAGUAUAUAAAAGGCUAGUCAUGUUUUGAAUAAUCUCUUCCCCUGCCUUCCCUUUCCCAUCAAUAUAGCUGAAUAAAGAUGUGAAUUUCUAAGUGAACUGGUCUGCUGUAACAGUUUUAAUAAUUUGCUGUAGUCCUACUAAUUCAGACUUAAAAGUAAUUGUUAUGAGCAACAGUGUGUGUCUUGCAGUAGAUGUGUUUUACCAGAAGUUAAAUAAUUAACAGGGCAGGUGCAAGCUGCCGUUGGACAAAGUUCCUAAAUAAUACUUUCUCCCAGUUAAAAUGUAGUGGAAGUGCAUAUGUUACCCUUUAUUUCAAAAUAUCAUCUCUUCAACAUACUGGAUGGACUGGAACUGUGUUCAGACAUCUUGUAUAAUGUCAUGGAAUUUAGUGACCUUGGGUCACUGUUAA